UGACGGCUUUAGAAGUAAAAUAUCCGCGUUAAUUGGGAAGGUUGUCAGUGAAAGAGGAAAUAAAAUAAAUAAAUAAAUAAUCACUGUGCCCCAAAAUAAUCAAAUAUAUUUUAUUUAUAACAAAAAUGAAAUAGAUUCGAUUGUCUGACGACGAAAAAUAAUCUAAAAGAAAUUUUUAAAAAUGUUUCACACGCACACAUUUUCUCUAUGAAAAAAAAAAAUGGUUCAAAUGGUUCAUUGAAGAAAUAAAAAGCACAGAGUGUGUCAUCCAUCAAGACUUGCUAAGCGUUGAGUCAUUAAUUGAUGUGCACCUCUCUCCAGCAAACUUUCUCCCUCCUCCUCUCUCUCUGACUGCAUGUCCUCCUCCUCCUCCUCCUCCAGCAGCAGCAGCAGCAGCAGCAGCAGCACUGCCACUUGUGGACCCGACACGCAGGGAACAUGUUCCGGGCUCUGGACGCCGCGCUCGCCGUGCUGCUGGCCGCCUCCUUGCGGAGCACGGCGGGCGGCGGCCCGCCUCUCUUCUCCGCUCAAAGCUCCCCGCCCGACCCGUGCUACGACGAGCACGGCACCCCGCGCCGCUGCAUCCCGGACUUCGUCAACUCGGCGUUCGGCAAGGAGGUGAAGGUGUCCGGCACCUGCGGCCGGCCCGCGGCCCGCUACUGCGUGCUCAGCUCGGCGGACAAGGCGGACGAGCGGAGCCGCGACUGCCACACGUGCGACGCGUCCGACCCCAAGCGGAACCGGCCCCCGGCCUACCUCACCGACCUGAACAACCCGCACAACCUGACGUGCUGGCAGUCGGACAACUUCAUCCAGUACCCGCAGAACGUGACGCUCAGCCUCUCCCUGGGCAAGAAGUUCGAGGUGACCUACGUCAGCCUGCAGUUCUGCUCGCCGAGACCCGAGUCCAUGCUGAUCUCCAAGUCCAUGGACUACGGCAAGACGUGGCUGCCCUUCCAGUUCUACUCCAGCCAGUGCCGAAAGAUGUACAACAAGCCCAACCGCGCCGCGAUCACCAAGCAGAACGAGCAGGAGGCCAUCUGCACGGACUCGCACACGGACAUGUUCCCGCUGAGCGGAGGUCUCAUCGCCUUCAGCACGCUGGACGGCCGGCCCUCGGCGCACGACUUCGACAACUCGCCGGUCCUGCAGGACUGGGUGACGGCCACCGACAUCCGGGUGACCUUCAGCCGGCUGCACACCUUCGGCGACGAGAACGAGGACGACUCGGAGCUGGCGCGGGACUCGUACUUCUACGCCGUGUCCGACCUGCAGGUGGGCGGCCGCUGCAAGUGCAACGGACACGCGUCCCGCUGCGUCAAGGACCGCGACGGGCAGCUGGUGUGCGAGUGCAAGCACAACGCGGCGGGACCCGAGUGCGACAGGUGCAAGCCCUUCCACUACGACCGGCCGUGGCAGAGGGCCACGGCCCGCGAGGCCAACGAGUGCGUCGCCUGUAACUGCAACCUGCACGCCCGCCGCUGCCGCUUCAACAUGGAGCUGUACAAGCUGUCGGGGAGGAAGAGCGGAGGAGUGUGCCUCAACUGCCGCCACAACACGGCCGGACGCCAUUGCCACUACUGCAAGGAGGGCUACUAUCGGGACCUGUCCAAACCCAUCUCGCACAGGAAAGCCUGCAAGGCAUGCGAUUGCCAUCCCGUGGGUGCCGCCGGCAAAACCUGUAACCAAACCACAGGACAAUGUCCCUGUAAAGACGGCGUGACCGGUAUCACAUGCAACCGCUGCGCUAAAGGCUACCAGCAGAGCCGCUCGCCCAUUGCCCCCUGCAUAAAGAUUCCAGUUACACCGCCUACGACGCCAGCCAGUAGUACAGAAGAGCCCUCAGACUGUGACUCUUACUGCAAAGCGUCAAAAGGCAAACUGAAAAUCAACAUCAAGAAGUAUUGCAAGAAGGAUUACGCUAUCCAGGUGCACAUUCUGAAGGCGGACAAGGCCGGCGAGUGGUGGAAGUUCACCGUCAACGUAAUUUCCGUCUACAAGCAAGGCGAGAGCCGCAUCCGCCGCGGGGACCAAUUUCUGUGGGUGCGCGCCAAAGACGUGGCCUGCAAGUGUCCCAAGAUCAAGCCCGGCAAGAAGUACCUGCUGCUGGGCAACGACGAGGACUCCCCCGGCCAGAGCGGCGGCGUGGUCGCCGACAAAGGCAGCCUGGUUAUCCAGUGGAGGGACACGUGGGCGCGCAGGCUGCGAAAGUUCCAACAGUGUGAGAAGAAAGGAAAAUGCAAGAAACCGUAGAUGGAAAAGACGCAAGUAGGAGAUGGAUUCCAGAGGAAAGCUGAAAAAAAAAAAGAAUGAAACAGACAGACAGAAGACUAUAGCCGGAAGAGACUGUUGACGUUGCUGCUUUUUGUUUUUUUUCGUUUAGUAGCAUGAAGAGAAUCAUAUAGGAAUUCUUCUCUAGUGGACUUUGGUUGAAGGAGCUCACCUUGCAGAUUUGGUUUGACCCUUUCUUAAACUUUGACAUCCGUCUCUUGUGGAUUUGCCAAAUUUGCACCUAUUACCAGUAUAUGUAUGGCUACUUGUUGGUUUUACACUCAUACUUACAUCUUGUGUUUCUGUUUUAUUGACUGGUGCAAAAAGCCACGUUUCUCCUCUGCAUGGUUUUAUGUUUGGAUUGUUAGCCAACAAGCAAGCUUGUUUCAUGAGCUCAAACAAAGAGAAAAAUUAUUUGUUAUCAUUCAAAAUAUCCUGAAAUUGUGAAUAUAUGCAAAAGGUUUCGGAUAAACUAACAAUUUUGGAUUCAAAUGCUGAGCGCAGUAUUGGGUUCUGCUUUAAGUUACAAUGAAAUGCAUUUUCUUGAUUCAGUUCCAAUAUUUUGUUUUUAGAUACACCACGGUAAGAGAUUGAUUCCGAACAACGUUAGAUGUGUUCUGUCAUCAUUUGUGAAGGUGGUCAAAGUUAAAUUAGGUUAUUUUCUUGUGGAUGAAUUGGGUAAAAGGUACAUAUUAAUGUCACACAGGUAAUAUAGAAUUUUGUGAUGCUUUGUUUACAGAAAUGUAUUUGUUUAUACCACUAUCUGUAAAAAUGUCUAAGGCAAAGGAAAGCAAUAUUCUUUCACUUGACAAAAGAACUGUAGGUAGUGAUUGAUCACUAUUUACAUAUGUAGAUAGUCUUUCAAUGUGCAGCAAGGUAUG